UUUCAGAACAAUGUCAGGGAGCCUGCAAGAAGUGUUGAAAAACUGCGCUCCAGUCCUUGUAGUCACUAUUUGUCUUUAUUUAGCGUACAAUCUGCUGAAUAAAGCUAUUCCAGGAGCUCACAAUUUGUCAAAGCUGAAUGUCAAGAACAAAAUAGUUGUAAUCACAGGAGCCAGUUCAGGUCUUGGAAAGAGUCUUGCAUUUGAGCUAUACAAACGAGGUGCUCAGGUGAUUCUACUUGCUAGAAGUACGGAAAAACUAAAAGAAAUUUGUGCGGAACUUACAAAAACAUUUCCUCUCAACAAGAACAAGCCAACCUACUACUUUUUUGACAUUACCAAUCCCGAUAAAGCACCUUGGGCCCAGAUUCCAAAAGUUGACGUUCUCAUCAAUAAUGCAGGCAUGUCGAAUCGCGGAUCCUGCCAAGACACAACAAUGGCGAUUCACAGAAAAGCCAUGGAGACCAACCUUUUCGGACAUGUUCAAGUCACACAGUCUUUGCUCUCAAAGUUGAGUCCAGAUGGAUGCAUAGUUGUCACAAGUAGCAUUCAAGGAAAAGUGGCAAUUCCGUACAGAGGGUCAUAUUCUGCUAGUAAGCAUGCACUUCAAGGAUACUUUGAUUGUCUUCGCGCCGAGCACAAGAACCUGCACAUUUUGGUGGUCUCCGCUGGAUACAUCAACACCGGUUUUGGAUCGAGAGCUUUGGACACCGAUGGGAAAGUUGUUGGGGUAGAGGAUGAAAAUCAAAAGAAAGGAUAUUCACCGGAACACUCUGCGCGCAUGAUUUCCGAUGCAAUCCGUGAUCGAGUGUCGGACUUUGACAUGGCUCCAUUUGGUGCUCGCUUCGCAAUUUUCCUCAGAUAUUUCUGGCCAACUCUCCUUAAUUAUGCCUUGUACACUCGUGGCACUAAAGACCAAUGGGCGCCAAAGAAUAAGAAGGAGUAAUUAUUUUGAGUUUUAUUUUACUUGUCUGACCAUUAAAAAUAUGAAAUAUUUGUUUU